GCGUAGUGGCCUCGGCUUGUAGUACGACUAAACCUAGGAUAGGACAACAAAAUGUGAAAUAGGUUGCGUCUAUAGUGUUACAGUGUUGCUCGAGACUCGUAUGCUGGACAGAUAUCUAGAUAGUGUGUGAUAAGACUGAGACAUGGAUUUGAGUAAAUACCUUGCAGUGCUGGUGAUGCUUCUGGUGGACGGCGGCGAGAGCGGUGGACACGGGGAGAAACAUCAUGAUCAUGUGAAAGUACACGUACCCGAGUUUAUUCACCACGAUCACCAUACAAAAGUGAUAACGAUUCACCAUCAUCACUAUAAACCAAAGAAGGAACAUCACCAUCACCACCACCAUCACCAUCACAAACCCCACAUUCCUCACGGACACCACUACCAUCAUGUGAAGAAGGUACACAAAAAGAAGACGGAGAGCAAAGGACACCAUGGUCACCACGGCCACCACGGUCACCAUGGGCACCACGGUCACCACGGGCACCACCACGGGCACCACGGCCAUCACGGCCAUCACGGCCACCACGGUGGUCAUCAUCACCACGACAUCCCCUCGUCGUAUUUCCCUCAACACGAUGUCCCUUCAUUUAGCUACGACCCCACGCCCACGACUUUUGAAGAGGACUUCGGUGGCUACAGCCCCGCAGCGCCGGCUUACGGUGCGCCCUCAUUCAUUCCUCGGACGCCACAGGUCCAUGGCAUAACACACACUGUCAAGCAGGUCAAAGUGUUCGAUUCGUUGCCGGGGGGCUUACCAAGUAUCACGAACGGUCACGCCGCCGGCGGCGGUGGCUAUCAAGUGACAGAAGAAGGAGAUGAAGAAGAUGACGCUUUUACAGCAAUAGAUGGACUUCAACAAAGUUUUCCCGGUACGUUCGCUUUCGUCCAAAACGCGGCGCCGGAACCGGCAUCUAACGAUAUAUUUUCCUCUCUGGCUCCCCAAAGCACAAGUCAGGUUGCCAGUCACGAUCCGUUUGCGGAGUCACCCACGCCUACGGCGUUUAGCGGGAACGAAUUCACCAGCCCCUCGGUUCAGGCUCCGCUGUCUUCUUUAGCGCCGACCGAGAACGUUCUGCCCAGCGCUCAGUCGACUCCAGAGUUCCCGGUGACAUUCCAAGCGGCCCCGUCCGGGUUUGACGAUCCGGCGAACGCGUUCGCGGCGGCGCCGUCCGGCAGCACGGCGCUCUCGCCCGAGGACAAGGCGGUGAACGACAUCGUGUCCUACUCCCGGGUCGCCGGCAUACAGCAAACUAUCAACACCGGAGGACACGAGACUGUGGUCUAUUAGUACAUAUUAUUUAAACCUUAUUUAAGUCAUGUGUAGAAACCUAUAUCAACGACGCCACAAUAUGUUCGGUCGGUUCCAUUGUGCUUGUAAAAAUUCAGAUAGUAUUUAGAUCAAGAAUAAUCCUAAUUAAUGAGAAUUAGUUGCUCUGAACACUGUAACAGGCAGCGGGAUAUUUUACAUCAUACCUUGUUAGUUUAGAUUGGUAUGCUUAUAUAUUAAGAUACCUACUCGUACAAUUAACCAAGUAACAUCAUUUAGAGCAGUUGAGCUGAGAGCUUAGGAAAUAUUUCGUUACUUCGAAAAGAUCUUGUAUCGCAUUGCUCUUCCAAACUUAGGAAGACAGAAACAAAGUAGGAAAUGAUUCUCUAUUAAAAUAGUUACGUACAAUGUUUACUAAAAAUAAAAAUAUGAACGCAAGUGCUUUUACUUUUUUUCAGAAUCAUUAGUUAAAAAAAUGUGCCAGUAUUGUGUAUUGUAUCGAAAACUCCAGAACCGUUAAAAAACAAUAAAAAAGACUUAAUUAUAGUCUGUUGUUUUUAAAACUAAUAAAGCUUGAGAUAACGAGCGCAAAAUGCAAAUUAAAUAAUACCUACGAUGAUAAAAAUAACUACAAUUUUUUAAAUGUGGUAACAUCAUGUGUAGAACUUAUAUGCUAAGAGUUCUGCUGAUUAUAAUGAAAGUACAAAAUAAAAUAAAAAACCGAAACAAA